CCCGCCUCUUUCCUCCUCUCUUUGUCCGUCUGUCUUCCAACAACAACAAGUUUAUACACACACAUCCCAUCCCAUCCCAAAGAGAGAGAGAGCGCAGCGCGCAUCCAAAUCCAAAUCCAAAUCAAAAUCAAAAUUAACAAGGAGAGAAAUUGAGCAAGAUCAGCAACAAUGGCAACUACGGAAGAAACAGCAGUACCGCAGGACGGCUCCGAUCUCACUUUCCCCGCCGUGAACGCCGCGAGAGAGUUGAACCUCGGCGUCCCCGAAGACUUCCCAGUCGACCCCAUCUCCUCCGGCGUCGCCACCGCCAAAGAGCUCAAGGAGGAAACGGAGGCAAGAGCGAGGGCAAAAGCAGAGGCGGGAGCGACUGCCGCAGCGAAGUGCGACGUCGGCGGCACUUUGACAUCAGUUUUAAUGGUCACAGCUGUUGUUGUAGCUGCUGUUGGAGUGGCCAUUUUUGUCACCAAGAAGUUGAAAGAAACAUAAACCCAGCACCAGAAUAAGCCCCUGCAUCUAUCUACUCUUUUUCUCAUUCAUUUUGUCAAAACUUUUAUUUUACUUUUUGUUUCUGUUUACCAUUUUUUUUCCCUCUCCUUUUCUUUUUGGACCUUUGAAGCUGCAAUAGCGUACAGUAUUGGUGACAUGUGAGCUUCA